AUAUUCUCACUCAACCGUUUCCUAAAUUCAAGUUGUCUUCUAUAUGUACAUUCAGAAACUAAUGCAAUUAGGACACACAUUAACAUUCAUUUCAAUAUACAAGGAAGAAAGAGCAGGAAAAGAUGGUUAAAACCAUGAAUUUUGGGAAUGUGAUGGUUCUAGCUAUGGCAUUGGCGGCAGUAUCAAUGAUGUUGCAUACAACAGAAGCUGCAGAGUAUGUAGUAGGAGACGACUUGGGUUGGACUGUCCCGCCAGGCGGCGCUGCCAGUUACGCUUCGUGGGCUGCAAAGUAUAGGUUUGUAGUUGACGAUAUUCUAUACUUCAACUUCACAGAAGGAGAACAUACUGUGGCUUUAGUAACCAAGGAGAAUUAUGAGAUUUGCAACACCACAGAUCCCUGGUCUAAACUCGAUGGACCAAUUGCACUUCAAUUUCUUGCGUCAGACACAUUUUACUUCACAUGCACCUUCGCCGGCCACUGCGCUGGAGGCCAAAAGGUUGCGGUUUAUAUCGCUCCCUCUGCAAACACUCCAAGUCCAAGUCCAGGUGUUGCUCCUCUUCCUCCUGCUGCUGCUGCGUCCCUGCCCUUCACAUUUGUGUCCAAAAAACUUGGGUUCAGGAAAGUGUAAUCUGUAACAUUCAUUAUUUAAUGGCGUGAAUCAUACGCUUGUAUUGGAAUUCCUUAGCAAGGGGGAAAGAGCUAAGAAAUAAUAAAAUCGUGAACGUGUACUUCUAUUUAUAAUUAGCCUAUAUUUAACUGAU